GUACCGUACAAACGAAACGUUUCCAUUUCAUUUGACUUAUAAUAUAAUGUAAUACAAUGGCACAUAUUCGACAUGAAAUAUAAAUACGGGUUUCGUAUCCCCAUGGAGGGCGCUACUGCAGUUCUUCAGCAUCCGACGAAGAAGAAAAGCACUUCCGUUGUAUCCCCUCAACCCGGAAAUAAACAAACCCAGACAAGCAAGGAGGGAAAAGUGGCUCGGCAUUUGGAAUUAUUUUAUUCUUUUUUAAAGUGAAACAAAAUUAAGUGAACUUCAAAAUAAUGGGUAAUGGUAAUGCAACGAAAUUGUAUUGUAAUUAUGAAGCAUCGUCUCCGGUCGGCAGAAGAAGAUAAACGUUGGUAUUUUAGAAUAGUGAUGUUAGCAAGGAUGUUAACGACUGUUAGCUUUUAGGCACAGCCGAGAUGUCGAACGGGACACACUAGAUGAAUGACUAUUCUGGCGAACUAUCCUUGCAAGGACCCCGGCGUCAUGAUGAGCACUAAGAGACUGGGCAGCUUUGAGGUGCAGUGUGAGUGGGCUUCGUGCCGCUACAGAGGACACAGUAUGGAGGAGCUGAGUGAUCACAUGGCUCUUCAUUUGAGGGACUACCUGGGAGACAAGGAUGCUCUGGAGGAGCUGGAUGAGUAUGCCUGCCUGUGGAAGGGCUGCGAGUUCCUCUCCAUGGGCAGCCCCGCAGAGCUGGAGGUCCACGCUUACUUCCACAACUACCACGGCAAGCUUAAGUUUGUCGGCUCCCAGCUGCUCAAGUCCCGCCCCGAACUGCCUGGCUGCAACCAAGCCGUGCACAGCAGCAACCUGCUACCAGAGGGAUCCAACGGACAUGUGUGCCAGUGGGAGAACUGUGAUAGUACAUUUAACAAUCCCGAGUGGUUCUACCGCCAUGUGGAUAAUCAUGUUGAAAGUGCCGAACAGCAGUCUCUCUCACAUCAACAGCAGGCUCUCCUCUGCAAAUGGUCAGGCUGCGAUGCCUUCUUCAAGAUCCGUUAUCGUCUGCGGGAACACAUGCGCAGCCACACCCAGGAGCGCCUGGUGGCCUGCCCCACCUGUGGCAGCAUGUUCUCCAGCAACACCAAGCUCUUUGACCACCUCCACAGGCAGGCCGAGCCAAUGGAGUCCCUGGCGUGUGAGCACUGCGGCAAAGCCUUUUCCAGCGAGAGACUGUUGAGGGAUCACGUGCGUCAGCAUGUCAAUCAAGUCAAGUGUCCUUUCUGUGACAUGACCUGCACCACUUUGGCCGCGCUGAAGAUCCACAUCAGGUUCCGUCACUGUGACGAGCGCCCCUUCCCUUGUGACUUCUGUGAUAAAAGAUUUAAGAACCAGCGUGACCUCCACAAGCACACGGAAGUCCACAACCAGGCCUCGCUGUUCCACUGCUCCGUUGAGGGCUGCCGCUAUUCCUGUCAGACAUUCCAAAGCAUGAACCACCACUUCAAGAGGGCGCAUGAGGCGGGGGGGAUGUCCAAAUAUAAAUGUCACAUUUGUGACAAGGUGUUCUCCUGGUGUUACACGCUCACUCUUCAUCUGCGAAAGAAGCACGAGCUGAAGUGGCCCUCGGGACACUCGCGUUUCAGGUACAGAAAGGAUGUGGACGGCUUCCUGAAGCUGAACAUGGUGCGUGUGGAGACGGUGGAAGUGACCAAAGAGAUCAUGAAGAACAUGGCCAAGAAACCUCCCGGCGUUCGCAAGAGCCAGAGAACCCGCGUCGCUUCGUCCUCCGCUUCCUCUUACUCGUCGGAACAAUCCUGCGGCGAGGAUCUCAUUGCCAUCCCCCACGGAGGCGGCGACUCCCCCGUGUACAGCAUCAUGAGCACCAUCCCCCACAUCGAGGACGAGGCCGGCGGGGCGGCGCAGUACUGUGACCCCGGGGGCUCGUCUGGGGCCGUGCAGGCGCUCACAAUGGUGGCAAGGGGUCUGGGCAUGGACGUGGUGUGACACACCGACACCGCAACGCCACUUUAUCACCACCAGAACAUUCCCGGCCAUCACCGCUUCGCCUUCUUUGCCAACUUUUAAUUCAUGUUUACUGGAAUUCUUUUUGAAAUAAACUUGCUUCUGCUGCUUUUAUAUUUCCA